CUGUGCCCAGAGGUGCAGCGCGCCGCAGCUGCCGCGCCAGCCAGCCAGCCAGCCAGCCCGCCAGCCAGGGAGGCGCAGCGGCGGCGGCGGCGGCGGCGCGGGCACCAUCGCGGGCAUCCUCGGCGGGCCGGGCAGGGCCGGGAGCAUGGCCGAGCCCGUGGCGGCGGCGGGGGCGGCAGCGGGGGCGCCCCUUCCCGAGCAGGAGGGCGAGGAGGGCCUGAAAGGCUUCGCCCGCAAAGGCGCCCUCCGCCAGAAGAACGUGCACGAGGUGAAGAACCACAAGUUCACCGCCCGCUUCUUCAAGCAGCCCACCUUCUGCAGCCACUGCACCGACUUCAUCUGGGGCUUUGGGAAGCAAGGUUUCCAGUGUCAAGUCUGCUGCUUCGUAGUCCAUAAGAGGUGCCAUGAAUUUGUUACGUUCACCUGCCCCGGGGCAGAUAAAGGCCCCGCUUCAGACGACCCCCGGAGCAAACACAAGUUUAAAAUCCACACCUAUUCCAGCCCGACCUUCUGCGACCAUUGCGGCUCCUUAUUGUACGGGCUUAUCCACCAGGGGAUGAAAUGUGACACCUGCAUGAUGAACGUCCACAAACGCUGUGUGAUGAACGUGCCAAGUCUCUGUGGGACGGACCACACCGAGCGUCGAGGCCGGAUACACAUCAGGGCAGACAUAGAAAAUGAAGUCCUCACGGUUGUAGUACGAGAUGCUAAAAACCUGGUCCCCAUGGAUCCCAACGGCUUGUCAGACCCCUACGUGAAGCUCAAGCUCAUCCCUGACCCGAAAAGCGAAAGCAAACAGAAGACAAAAACCAUCAAAUGCUCGCUGAACCCAGAGUGGAACGAGACGUUUAAAUUUCAGCUGAAAGAGUCUGACAAGGACCGGCGGUUGUCUGUGGAGAUUUGGGACUGGGACCUGACCAGCAGGAAUGAUUUUAUGGGGUCUCUCUCCUUUGGGAUCUCGGAGCUGCAGAAGGCCGGUGUGGAUGGCUGGUUUAAGCUGUUGAGCCAGGAAGAAGGCGAAUACUUUAACGUCCCUGUCCCCCCUGAAGGAGAGGAAGGCAACGAAGAGCUCCGGCAGAAGUUUGAGAGAGCCAGGAUCGGUCCCGGGUCCAAGGCGGCGGAAGAGAAGACACUGAACGCCAUCUCCAAAUUUGACAACAAUGGGAACCGCGAUCGCAUGAAGCUGUCCGACUUCAAUUUCCUGAUGGUGCUCGGCAAGGGCAGCUUUGGGAAGGUGAUGUUGUCCGAAAGGAAAGGCACAGAUGAGCUCUACGCCGUGAAGAUCCUGAAGAAGGACGUGGUGAUCCAAGAUGACGACGUGGAGUGCACCAUGGUGGAGAAACGAGUCCUGGCCCUGGCCGGCAAGCCCCCCUUCCUGACGCAACUGCACUCGUGCUUCCAGACUAUGGAUCGCUUGUAUUUUGUGAUGGAAUACGUGAACGGAGGCGACCUAAUGUACCAGAUCCAACAGGUUGGCAGGUUUAAGGAGCCCCACGCCGUGUUCUAUGCCGCUGAGAUCGCCAUUGGACUGUUCUUCCUCCAGAGCAAAGGCAUCAUUUAUCGCGACCUGAAACUUGACAAUGUCAUGCUGGACUCCGAGGGACACAUCAAGAUUGCAGAUUUUGGCAUGUGCAAAGAGAAUAUCUGGGACGGAGUCACCACCAAGACCUUCUGUGGCACUCCCGACUACAUCGCUCCCGAGAUAAUUGCCUACCAGCCCUAUGGGAAAUCAGUGGACUGGUGGGCCUACGGAGUCCUGCUGUACGAAAUGUUGGCUGGGCAGGCACCAUUUGAAGGUGAAGAUGAGGAUGAGCUCUUCCAGUCCAUCAUGGAGCACAAUGUGGCAUACCCCAAAUCCAUGUCCAAGGAAGCCGUGGCCAUCUGCAAAGGGCUCAUGACCAAGCACCCGGCGAAGCGCUUGGGGUGCGGCCCCGAAGGGGAGAGAGACAUCAAAGAGCACGCCUUCUUCCGCUACAUCGACUGGGACAAACUUGAACGGAAAGAGAUCCAGCCUCCUUUCAAGCCGAAGGCUUGCGGACGGAAUGCUGAAAACUUCGACCGGUUUUUCACCCGCCACCCACCUGUCUUAACACCACCUGACCAAGAAGUCAUCAGGAACAUUGACCAAUCAGAAUUCGAAGGAUUUUCCUUUGUUAACUCUGUGUUUUUUAAGACUGAAGUCAAGAGCUAAGUAGCCACUGUAGACCGUUCGCCACCCACCCUCGCAUCCAUCCGGCCCCCGCAGCUGUUGUGGUGACAUCCUCCUUUGCCUUGAGUUUCUUUUCUGGGGAUACUGGAGUGACCGUAUUUCAAAAAAACAUGCCUGAGUGGAGCCAGGGGGCGAGACCGCCGUCCUCCCACCUUGAAGGAGGUCAGAGGUUGCUCAUAGAUCCACGGGACUCGGGAAGACCAGUUUGUGUGAACGUGACAGACCUGGGCAAACCUCUCUUUGUCACUGGCUUGGUGCAGUCAGAAUCACUUGGCAAAAACCAAAAACCAGCAGGCCCCGAACAUCCCCACUCUUUGGUUCGUCAGGACUGGAUGUGCCUGCCAUGUUGGGCCUGUGAGACAAAGGUUUUGUUUUCAUGCACGGUGGGCUGGGCUCUCUGCCUGCCUCAGGGUUUCUGCCCCCAGAAGUAUAAUGGCCCUUUUGCACAAGUGAGCAGCCUUUUCCCCUCAUGCAAACUGGACUCUACACAAAGAGCAUUUCCACGGCUACUGCGGAUUUACCCUCGAAUGUCAGCGGUUGCAAUUCAGAUGUCGCCCAGUUGAUCCAGUGGCGUUAUGUGACCCUGCCCAUAAGUGGGUAGAAGGAGGGCAUUGGGCCGGGCCAACCAGUCCUGCAUGCAGAAGUCCCCAGGUCCGGUCAUCUGCGUCUUCCGCUUAAAGGGCCGGGGAGCAGAUGAUGUGAGAGCCCUGAGACCCUGCUGCUGCCCAUCAGAGCAGGCAGUAUUUUUUAUUGAUAAACCUCAGGGCAGUUUCAUGUGCUCGGCUGUAGCCAGUGAGACUUGAAGCACGCCAGCAAUAGAGGCCCAAGCCACUCUGAGCCCUGCUCACUGGGGAAGAGCAGUUUAUAAGUCAAAGAAUUAUAUUAAAAUCAAAAUAAACAACUUUAGGAAAUCCUGACAAAGAGGUCUUGGCCAUGCCAACCUCCAGGUGGAGCCUGGAGUGGUCCCAUAAUGAUAUCUCCAGACAGCAGAGAUCCAUUCCCACGGAGAAAAUGGAUCUUUUGGAGGGUGGACUUGAUGACAUUACACUCCCACG